GUUGGUCACCUUUUGUUUUCCCCUGCAUAAAAAGGGCGAUGACUUUCCGCGUUCGUCGCUCUACGUGUUCUCCUGGACUCGAGUGUGCUCUCUCUCUCUCUCUGUGGAGGCUUCUUUGGGUGCUCGUGGAGACUGAAACUCCAGAUAUCUCUGUGGUUGCAUCUAAUGCGGCUUGUUGGUUAUGGUGUUAUUUGUUGAAGCAUAGAACUGUUCCUCAGGGUCUUAUCUUUGUCGAUGUCUGUAAGCCUGAAUAAUGAGCAUCAGUGGCUUCUUUUGAGAUAUAGCUGUUAUUUGAGCUACAGAGGCUGCCGCAGGUGGUGCCAAUGCUCUGCCUGUUGGCAUUGGUUUGGCACUGGCAUUCAGGACAUUCUUAUAUUUGAUGUAACUUUUGUGUAUUAGUUUACUGAAGCCCAUCAAGAUGCUUGUAAGUAUACGAUUCAGCAUUUGCCAACACAAAUAGCAGUUGGCCGGUGAAAAAAGGGAUAUGCAACGCCAAAAACCAAUCCUGCCAGGAUUAUAUUUGUUAACCUAAUUUGUGCAAAGGCAAAAAGCAUUUGGUGUCAGAUAUCUCCCAUAAGCUUGGUGAUCGAAGGGCUAUACUCAAUUUUUUAUGGCAAAAUUACCAUGGCUUCCAGGUUUCCGAUUUCAUCCAACGGACGCGGAGUUACUCUGCUUCUACUUGAAGAGGAAGGUUUGUGGGAGGUUGAUUAAACCUGAUGUUAUUUGUGAGCUUGACAUUUACAAGUUUUCUCCUUGGGAUCUUCCAGGAAAAUCAUGCCUUCAGAGUGGAGAUCUUGAAUGGUAUUUCUACUGCCCAAGAGAUAAAAAAUAUGCAAAUGGUCCUCGAAUGAACAGGUCAACUGAAAUUGGGUACUGGAAAACCACUGGGAAGGAUAGACCAAUUUAUAAUAAUCAUCAAUUGGUAGGGAUGAAAAGGACGUUGGUUUUCUACAUUGGAAAACCUCCACAUGGCGAGAGAACCAAUUGGGUCAUGCAUGAAUACAGGCUUCAAGAUAAAAGUAUAACAGAGGAAACCAUUCAGGAUGCUUUUGUACUUUGCCGGGUAAAAGAAAAGGGUGGUGUUGGCCCAAGAAAUGGUGAACAAUAUGGAGCCCCUUUUGAAGAUGAGGAGUGGAGCAAAGACUUUGUGGAGAAUUCAACUGAACUUUGCGGUUCAAAGGAUCAGAAGAUUCCCUUUGCCCAAGUUAUUGAGCAUCCUUCUUCUUCCAUGAAUGAGGGCAAUUUCUCAUCGGGAGUGCCUAAAGAUUCCAAUUUCUCCUUUGCUUCUGGGGAUGUGCUUGCUUCUCAAGAGAAUACUUCUAUGAAAUCUGAUGGCAUUGAAAAAGUACUGCACAAAUUUGCUGUUGAGGGUGACAAUUCGGUUGCACCUAGCUGUCAUGAUGGGCAGCCUUCUUCUAAAGAUAAUGUUGGUGGUGAGGAGAGUUUGAAUGGUCCUGUUGGAAAUGCUUCAGCAAAUGCUUCAUCUAUUGUGUCAGAUAUUUAUUCUGGCUUGGAAGACAUAACCACUCUGAUGGAUGUUGGACGGGUUGAUGCAGCAAACAAUUUGGACUCCCUGAAUGGUGUAGAAGGGCAUAAGUUGUAUCGGUGGUUUGAUGCCAUCAAGGAAGGAUGUUUUCUUGAAGUCAAUGAUCUCAAGCCUCCCUUGGAUGAGGGUUCUUCCAUGCUUCAGACAUCCACUAAUCUUUCAUGUGUAUCCGAAGAUCCACAGGGACCUCUUAUUUCCUCUAAUUUGAAUGGUACAACUACAUCUGCACAGGUUGAAAAUAUUUUAUCUUCUAUGUUGGAUGCCGAAUUGUCAUCAGGAUAUAUUGCAGAGGAUUGUUGUACUGGGACACACAAUCAGAUUAUAAGCCAAGCACCAUCUGCAUCAUUGGGUCAUGUGGUAGAAGAAGUGGGAGAUGCUCCUGCAUGGGAUUUUUCACGGGGUGAAGGUCAUGGAAAUGGGGAUGUUACUAAUGAUCUUUCUGAUGGUGGGCUGCUUCAUUCGGUACUGGAAAGUAUAUUGGACUGUUUUCCUGCUCGGCCUGCCUCUGCUGCUCAGUAUCCACUUCUUUCCAAAGAAGGAAAACUUAAGGGUAAUGUUUCUACAUGCAAUUGUACGUUUCUGUCAACUGUGAUGAACAAGCAUACUGGAGUCGUGGAAGGAGGUUCACAGUGCUUCGAUUGCUGUCGCAUGAUGAAUCUCAAGAAGCCAACCAGGAAGGGAGGAAAGGAAACGGGAAGUGGCAUGUCUUGGAGGGGUUUAUUAUUCGUAUUUUUAGUGAGCUCCAUUUCUGUGCUGUUGUGGAUUUUAUUGAUUUUACUUGGCCUCAAAUUCACGAGGCAUGCGUGGAAGCUAAUGUUCGCUAGAUGAAGUUGGGAUGGCCAUGUUCCCCCGGAUCCCUCAAGUUAGAUGGAGGUUCAGUUCCUUGGAUGGCCAUACCAGCUUCCUGUUUAUUGAUCCCAUAUAUAUUUGACCGCUGGUGCUUUCAAAACCUUGUUAGUUGUAACAUCUUAGGUCGUAUCGUUGUUGUCCAAUGUAAAUUCCAUCUGCUGUGAAUUUGUGUUCCUUUUCUGCCUACGUGUACUGUACAUGUACUGUAUAUUCAGAUGUACAAGAGCAUAGUGCUAAUGCGGGUCUUUGCUCUGCA